AUGACGGGGCGGAGACGCAAACAGCUCUACAGUUUUUUCGCAGCCAGCGGUACCGGCUUUGAGGCGUUCUUCACCGCGGGAGGGAUGCUGGUGGUGGCGGUUUGUACCAAGAAGGAGUACAUGACGGUGGCCGUCCCAGAAUUACACUUCAAUGACUCCAUGUGGCACUGUGUGGAUGUCGUUCACAUCGCGGGGCGCCGCCCCUUCGGCCAGAACAUGGUGAACAUCUACGCCGACGGGCAGCUCCGGAAGGUGGCGCAACUUCGCUUCCCGUCACUCAAUGAGUCUUUCACAUCUUGCUGUAUCGGGUCAGCCGGUCACCGCACCACCACCACCGUGUCCACCUCUCCAUCCCAUACUCCGGACCUCACCUUCGCCUCACACUCGGCGCUCAGCCGUUCCCAGUCCUUCCCGGCCACCUCGGGGGGCUACAGCUGGGGGCCGAGCGGCACGCUGAACCCGCGGGAGGGCUUGGUGUCCACCAUAGUAGCUGGAACCCAGGACACGGAAUGGGGCACGCCUACAUCACUGGAGGGCCAUCUCGGCACGGUGUCCAUCUUCCAUGAUACCAUCCAGCAGGCUCACGUGAAGGCCUUGUACUCGGCUGCCCUGAGAUACAGGUGGACCUUUGUAGCCGAAUGUUCCCUUUAAUCUGUUCUGUAAUUUUCGUUUCUGUUUUCAGGCUUCCAGAAAUAAUAUCUGCCUCGACCUGUCGCCCAGCCAUGCGUUUGACGGGAGGCUGACUGGUCACCGGGUCAUCACGUGGGAUGUGAAGGAUGUGGUGAACUGCAUUGGCGGGAUGGGUGUGGUUCUUCCUUUGCUCAACCAAGUGGCUCUGCAGACAAAGGAAGCUCCAGAUGCCCAGGAGACCCACGACCUGGUGGGCCCGGAACUCACCUCUUCGCGGAACGCCCAGUCCAUGCAGCUUCCUCUGGGGAAAUCCUCAGAGAGCCGGUUGGAGAGGAACGGAGGAGUGGCGGCUUUCCUUCUCAUGGUCAAGAAUUUCAUUCAGCAUCACCCAGCCAAUCAGGAGAGCCUCCUGCAGUGUCAUGGGCCGGCUAUCAUCGGGGCCCUGCUACAAAGGUGUCCCCUCUUAUCCUGGACAUGAAUGUGUUGAUGGCAUCUCAGAUGCUGAUGGACCAGAUCUCGUUGGAAGGUCACAAUUACCUCCUCCAUCACCUCUACCAGCACCUGCUCUUCGACUUCCGAAUCUGGUGCACAACAGCGACUUCGCCGUCCGCCUGGGUCACAUCCAAUAUCUCUCUUCAAUCAUGAAAGAUCACAAGCAGAGAAUUCGCAGGAAGUACGGCGUUCAGUACGUUCUGGACUCAGUCAGGAGGCAUUAUGGGACACAGAAAGGGGACCAGAUCACUGAGGACAAUGUGAAGACCGUGCAGAUGUCC